CACUCAAAAACCAUGUCGUGUUGUACAAAAAUUAUGAGAAAAAUUCAAGCCAAAGAGAUAGAAGUAGAUGAUCUUGGUAAAGCAAAACAAUUUAGAUUAUUCAGUAUUGCUCGUCCACAUAUGCGAAGCUUCCAUGCCUCAUGGUUUUGUUUCUUUGUCGCUUUCACGUCAUGGUUUGGUAUUCAACCACUACUCCCUACAAUAAGGAAAGAGCUUGAAUUAUCUAAAACAGAUCUUGCUAACUCUGGAAUUGCCAGUGUUGCCGCUACAAUCGCAGUUCGAGUGAUAAUUGGACCGAUGUGUGACAAGUUUGGACCUCGAAAGAUAAUGUGUAGCCUUUUGAUAACAGGUGCUAUACCAAUGGCACUAGCUGGCUUAAUAAAAACUGGAACGGGUCUUAUUGUAUUACGAUUAUUCGUUGGAAUAUUAGGUGGAACAUUUGUUCCGUGUCAAUUCUGGACUUCAGCUAUGUAUAAUUCUAAGAUUGUUGGAACAGCUAAUGCCAUAGCUCGUGGAUGGGGUAAUCUAGGGGGAGGAUUCACAUUUAUUUUGAUGCCAGGAUUAUUCCAGUUAAUAAAAGUAAUAGGAGCAGACGAAUUUAUGGCAUGGAAAUUAGCAGUCGUGGUUCCUUCAUUAAUUUGUGUAUUAACAGGCAUUUCUAUAAUUUUCACAUCUGAUGAUUGUCCUCAAGGACAUUGGGACAAUCGGCUUAUGCCAACCACACUAACAUGUUCUACAGACAAAACGAAACAAACGCAAGGAGUCACCAACCAAGGAUUCGAACACACUUCAGAUGAAGACGGUAAUGCAAGUAAAGCUGUAAGUGAAACACAUAUUGACGGAAAGAAAUUUGAGCCUUCAUCAUCAGAAAUUCGAAACAACAAUGAAAAACACAUAUCUAAUCAAAGCAACAGGUUUUGGUCAAUAAUAACUAUAUUGGUUUUGGUGAUACAGUAUGGGAUGUGUUUUGGUGUUGAAAUUGCUGUCAAUACCGUUAUGAACCUUUAUUUCUUGUACAACUUUAAAAAGGAGGGUUGUGUAGAAUGGAGUAAUUCAUUCUCUAACAUUACAAUCACAACAAUGAAAAGUGAAGUUAAAGAGGCGGACACAAAUGAAUGUAGUAUCCUAGGUCAAGAUACUGCAAGUUUAAUUGCAUCAUUGUUUGGUUUGAUGAAUCUAUUUGCUAGGGCAAUGGGAGGAAUAUACUCAGACAUAAUGCGAAAAUAUUUAGGUAUAGCUGGUCGUCUUGUUGCUCAAUUUACAUGCUUAGUAUGUGAAGGUAUAAUGUUGAUAAUAUUUAGUCAAAUGUCUACUAUAUCAACGUCCAUAGCUGUAAUGAUAUUUUUCAGCAUGUUUGUCCAGAUGUCAGAAGGAACAACAUUUGCUAUUGUACCGUAUGUCUUACCUUCUCACGUAGGAAUUGUUGCGGGGUUAGUUGGAGCAGGAGGAAAUGCAGGGGCUCUUGUAUGGAAUACAUUAUGGCGUCAGUUUGUUGAACAAAAUCCAAGUCAGUGGUUUUGGCUUUUGGGCAUUAUAGUUUUAUCCGGAAGUCUGUUGACUUUUUUAAUCGAAGUUCAGGAAAAAAGAAUUUGGAAUGUAUUUUUGUGUUGUAAACAUAAGGAAAGAAAAUACACCAUAUAA